UCAAUGCCUGGCACCAUGGUGGCCUCCAUCAGCCUUGCCCUCUUUAUUGGCAUCCUGGCUCUCUCCACUGAGCUUCCCGGUGCCAAGGCCAAAGAGCGGUCCGGCUAUUGCAUAAAUGUGCCGGUGCCAUCCAAGGGCCCUUCAGACCCAGGCCCCUGCACCAAGUGCCAUGCCGACGCUGACUGUCCACCGAAGAAGAAGUGCUGUGGUUCACCCUGUGGCAACACCUGUCAGACACCAGAACCAGUUCUCUGCCGCCUUCCUCCCAUGACUGGACCCUGCAAGGCCCGGAUGCCCAAAUUCUACUAUAACUGGAAGAGCAAGAAGUGUGAGGAGUUCAUCUACGGCGGAUGCUUUGGGAACCUGAACAGAUUUGAUACCAAGGAGAAAUGCCAGCGGACCUGUGGGAAGCCAGGUUAA